AGCGCGGGGCGGCGCAGCCCGGCCCGGCCCCGGCAGCGGAGCGGGAGGCGCCGCGCCAGGCACCGCCGCUGCAGCCGGAGCCGCCGCUCCGACACCGCCGCCGCCGCAGUUAUAUGACAAAAACGGCGUCACCAUGAGUGGAGUACUGAAAAGGAAGUACGAAGAGCUGGGGGAUGACAGCACCUACUGCUCCUCCUCCUCCUGCUCCCCCCUUUCCUCCUCAGCAUCCUCAGGCUGGGACACUGAUGAGGAGAAUUCCCGUGGAGAGCCCAAGCCCAGCUCUGCCUUAAUAUCCAGCUUCACCCCCACAUCAAUCCUGAAGAAAUCCAAGCGACUAAAGAAGAACAAUGUGGAGUUUGACCGGGUCACUGUGUUUUACUUCCCACGCUGCCAGGGCUUCACGAGCGUGCCUAGCCGUGGGGGCUGUACCCUGGGGAUGGUGAGCAAACACAGCUCCUCCCGGCAGUUCACAUUGGCAGAGUUUUCAAAGGAGCAGGAAAACAUCCGUCGGGGCAAACUUGAAGAGAAAUUAAAAGAGGAGAAGUUGGAAGCGUUGAAAUGGAAACUAACCAUGAACGGCACAAAGGAGUCUGAAGAGGCCAACCAGCUCACCAUCGAGGACAUCUCCGACGACGACAUCGACGUCAGCAACGUGGACCUGGAGGAUGGCUUCUUCCUGCAGCCCUACCCCGCCAAGAAGAGACGCGCGUUGCUGAAGGCCAUGGGGGUGAAGAAGAUCGACAAGGAGGAGAAGCGGGAGCUGCACAGCAUCCGUCUGUCCCGGGAGGACUGCGGCUGCGACUGCCGCGAGGUCUGCGACCCCGAGACCUGCAGCUGCAGCCUGGCAGGCAUUAAAUGUCAGAUGGAUCACACCUCCUUCCCCUGUGGCUGCACCAAGGACGGCUGUGGCAACACUGAGGGCAGGAUUGAGUUCAACCAGGCCCGCGUACAGACACAUUUCAUCCACACCAUCAUGAAGCUGGAGCUGGAGAAGCAGCAGCAGAGCAGCGAGAAGGUGGCAGAGGCUGAGCCCCCUUUCCGGGAGCAGCUCGCUCCGCUGGGAUGCGCGGCAGGGAAGGGCUCGCUGGAGGAGCGCGCGGUGCCGCUGGCACCCGCCUUCCAGUUCAGCCCCGACCUGGAGGCCCUGGGGGAGAACAGCUGCAGCAGUGACAUGACAGACUCCUCCAUCUCCUCCCACCCCAGCGAGGACCUGGAGGAGCCCUACGAGAGCCUCCCCUCCGACAAAUCCCAGUCGGACGUGGACGACGACGGCUUGGCGCGCAUCCUCCACUUCAACGACUCGGAUGCCGAGGAAGAGAGCAGGCGUGGCCAGGAUGACCUCGGCUGCUUCCACCCCACUGACUUCUUCAUCGAGGACCACGGCAGCGAGGCCAAGCCUGUCCCUGGCCACUUGUCCCACCUCUCGGAGUGCCUGGAUGAGAAUGCCAACCAGGACAGCGGGGGUUUGCUGGAGGAUGCAGCCCACGUGAGGUGCGAUGGGCUGUCCUGCUGCGCCUCAUCCUCCACUGAGCCCUGCUCCAAGAGCUACGCCGACCUCAGCCUCUCCUCCGAUUCCUUGGAUUUCUUCCAGUCUUUCUCAGACUAUAACUUGGGACCCCUUUACAACUCCUUAAAGGAGUAUGAGAACCUGGAUAACUUCUCAGCGUUACAGUUUCAGUUGCCUAAUUUCCCUGGCUUCCCACAAGCCGGAGAUCAGGGCUCCUGUUUCUUGGAGUCCCUGAUUGGUUUAUCUGAAUCCGUCCCUGAAACCCCAGCCCCUUUCACAGACAAUCAACUUUUGGAGGAUGCCAUCAAGUCAUCGCUGAUGGAGACAGUGAAAGUGUGAAACACCCAUGUGGCUCAGGCAGGGACUGACACCGAAAGGAAAACAGGAACAGUUGGACAGGCAAGCUUUCACUGUAAGGAUGGUGUGCUACUCAAAUAUAAGGAGGAAAAAACAGCAACAGCAGAAGACU